AUGCGCCCCAGCACUACAAGGAUACGCACAGCGCUGCGCACAGCUCGACACCGCGGGUUUGCGACCUCCGCCCGCCGUCUGGACAAGUAUGGCUUCAUCGGCCUCGGCCAAAUGGGCUACCAAAUGGCGAGGAACCUCCAGGCCAAGCUUCCGCCCAGCGACUCCAUCAGCAUCUUCGACAUUAACAAGACUGCCAUGAGCGGCCUCAAAGCCGAGAUGGAGAAGAGCCAGACUGGCGGCGCCAAGAUCACUCUGGCAGACAGCGCAGCCGAUGCCUCGACAGAUGCCACCACCGUCAUCACCGUCCUGCCGGAGCCCUCUCACGUAAAGUCGGUCUACGCCUCCAUCCUCUCGGAGAUCGCGCCCUCCUCGUCCCGCCUCUUCAUCGACUGCUCCACCAUCGACCCCUCGACCUCCAAAGCCGUCGCCGCCUCCAUCACCUCGUCCUCGCACGGCGCCUUCCUCGACGCCCCCAUGUCCGGCGGCGUCGUCGGCGCCACGGCCGCGACCCUGACCUUCAUGCUCGGCGCCCCCGCCGACCUGCUCCCCCGCGCCGAACCCAUCCUCCUGCGCAUGGGCCGCCGCGUGCUGCACUGCGGACCCCAGGGCGCCGGCCUCUCGGCCAAGCUGGCGAACAAUUACCUCCUCGCCCUCAACAACAUUGCCACGGCCGAGGCUAUGAACCUCGGCGUCAAGUGGGGCCUCGAUCCCGCCGUCCUCGCCGGCGUCAUCAACGUCAGCACGGGCAAGUGCUGGCCGUCCGAGGUCAACAACCCCGUUGCCGGCGUCGUCGAGGGCAGCCCUGCCGGGCGCGAUUACAGCGGCGGCUUCGGCAUCGGGCUCAUGAAGAAGGAUCUGGGGCUGGCGAUCGUGGCGGCUGAGGAGGCCGGGGCUAGGCUUGAGCUGGCGGCCAAGGCGAGGGAGGUGUAUGAGAGUGCUGAGAAGCGGGAGGACUGCAAGGGGCGGGAUUUCUCUGUCGUUUACAGGUGGCUGGGUGGGGAGAGCAAGUAG